AUGCGAUACUCAACAGCCGCAUUGUUCUACUCCCUAGCAGGCCAGGUCUACGGCCUCCCUAGACCCCAAGGGUCUACCAGUUCUGACACUGGUAGUGGCUCUAGUUCUGGAUCUAGCUCUGGAUCUGAUUCUGGCAGUGGUUCAGUACCAGGUCCUGUCGAUCCGUCACAAGUUCUCAACAUGCCACUGCCCUCUAGGGCAUCGGGCUCGUUGCGUGGUACAGAACAGUUGCUUGGCUACAAUCCCUCGAACUUAGUCACAACUGAAUCAACAGUCAUACCACCUGACGAGUUUGAGAUCGCACCGGGACAGUCUGAAGACCCAAAACUUGGCCUCUACAUUGAUCUCAGCAAUGUGGAGAACCCACAGCCGAUUCGUGGAGGCACAACGGGACCUACCGAACCUGGGCCACGGCAAGCUUCUCGAGAGAGACGAUAA